AUGAUGCCUAUUGGACCAGCCUGGCCCACCUGGUACUCACAGCCAUAUCCCCAACCAUACCACUGUGCUCCAACCAUUGUGGGUGUUGCUAUACCUCCCGUGUCAGUGGUUGAUCCCAGCAUCCCCUCUAUGGUGAUGGAAGGAGAGAAGGAGAAGAGGCGACGAGCUGUUAGGUCGAGGUCAAAAAGAGACCCCAACAGUUUCACUCAGAAAUAUAGGAGAUUGAUGGAGGUGAUGGGCAAGACUGGAAACAAAAUUGACGACACCCCUUAUAUAAACUAUCAGAGGUUUGGGAACACAAACGAUAUGUAUAAGAGAUGGGAUGCUACUGAUAUGGUGAAUCUUCCAAGUCAGGCAAUUGAGGCCCAAACAGAAGAUAUGGGUACCUCUGACAGAGACUUGUGUCAGAAGCAGAAAUAUAUGCUAAUGUUUCAUGAAGAGCAGAACAGCAUGAGGGAAAAGAAAGACGAAGACAAGAUGAAUAGAGAGCAAGAUGGAGAGAAAACCCCAAAAGUGAGAGCUGUGGGACUGAAAGGCCAACAUGAGAUGAGCAUGAGUCAGAGCAUUCGCAGCCAAGUGAAAAGUCAUAGCCCAACUAACUAUGACACAGUGACGACAGUCGGACAAGCCGUUGCAGGUGACGACAGGAGCUUUCAGAACUACCCUAUCAUCGUCCACUCUCAGCAGCACCUGGUCAGUCCGUCUCUCUUCAACCAAGCCGGGAACUCUCACAGUCAAUGUCCUGAGAUACCCUUCAGCACCAUAUCCCUGUCAGAGUGGGCGGCCCUCAUGGACACGUGUCUCUCCCCACCUUGGCCACAGGGGUCAAAGGCUUUUGUAGUUGGAGAAGACACAGAGACAGGCUUGGCCCCUGCUGCCUCCAAUGACAGGUCAACAGACUGCCAUAGCAAUGAGAGUCGUAGUAGGUAUGUGCCCUUGGAUGACAGCACCUUGAUUGAUGAACUUUACUAUCAGUACACAUGCCACAGAUCUACACCAUUCUUACCAGAUGGACAGGACUAA